UUAGAAGUGUAUUUAAAAAGGAAAUAAAAACAGAACAUUCCAUUUUGGGGUAGGACAGACAUACAGGAAGCUUCAACCUAGUUAGAAGACAUCAAAUUUGCUGUACCUGGUCAGCUGCUGUAUCUUUGGAGAGAAGGAUGCUGUCAGAAGGUUAUCUUUACAGAAUCACCUACCUUUGUGGAGAGCUGAACCCUGAGCUCUACAGCAAGAGUUCGGCUGAUGAAGUGGUAUAUGAAAUGAGGUCCAUUAAUUAUUCCCCCAGGGAGGAAGCACAAGGAAAAAGCCUCCUUCAGAGAUGCAGAUCUGCUGGCAAGUGCAUUUCCUCAGUCUGCUCUAGAGGUAGCAAGCACAGCAGAAGGCAGAAGGAUAAUCUCCCACAGCCUGCACAUCACCCUGUGCCCACAGAGCAGCCAUCUCCAGCUACUCAUGGCUGCGAAGGGCUGACAAAAAAGGUCACCUACCUGGUUCCACCUUCCUGCAAAAGCAUUUGCAAGAACUACAACGAUUUGCAUAUAGCUGGGGACUACGUGGUGCCCAUCAGCUCAGUCACGACAGAUUUUGCUUGUGACAGUGGCAUAGGCCCCUUCUUGGAGUCCUCAGAGAUUCCUCCCCCCAUGGAGUCCGUGAGAGCUCCCUCCAGCGACACUGUCCGAAAGCCAGGCCAAGGCUACUCCUCGUGCUGGAGACUGACGAGCCUGGGGCCAAACCAGCAGCCCCUGUCCGACUCGGCCCUGAACGACUACCUCGAGCAGAAGCUGGUGGAACUGUACAAGCAGUACAUCAUGGACAGCACGGCAAACAGGGCAUCCCCUACUCAGAUCCUGGCCUCGGAGCUUAUCAUGGCUAACGUGGAUCAAAUCAGCAUGCAGAUAUCACGGGAAAGGAACAUGGAGACCAUGAAGGCCAAAGACAUUGUCAUCAGCCGCUUCCUACAAAUAGCCAGUGAGAAGAUAUCCUCAGAAAUGAGCACUCCUACUCUGCAUAUUUCCCAGUAUAGCCACAUUAACACUUAG